CAUUAAUGUUAUACAAUAAUGCUAGGUGGCGCUUAGAAAUCUUUCGUCUGCAAUAGGUCUCCUUAGUCACGUGAUUGGAAAUAAAAUUGAUAAAUAGGCCAGGUCUAAAUUUCGCGGGCACAUUUUCUCGUUUUAACGAAAUCGUGACCUCUCGAUAUGGCUCGUACUAAGCAGACUGCAAGGAAAAGUACCGGAGGUAAAGCUCCUAGGAAGCAGCUGGCCACCAAAGCUGCACGUAAAAGCGCACCAGCAACCGGAGGUGUUAAAAAACCUCAUCGUUACAGACCAGGUACUGUUGCUUUGAGAGAAAUUCGUCGUUAUCAGAAAUCAACGGAAUUACUUAUCCGUAAAUUGCCUUUCCAGCGCUUAGUUAGAGAAAUUGCUCAAGAUUUUAAGACCGAUCUCCGAUUUCAGAGCUCAGCAGUUAUGGCUCUUCAGGAAGCCAGCGAAGCUUACCUCGUAGGAUUGUUCGAAGAUACCAACUUGUGCGCUAUUCACGCCAAGAGAGUCACCAUCAUGCCCAAAGACAUUCAGCUGGCCCGUCGAAUUCGAGGAGAGAGAGAAACCUGUACUUUAUUAGAAUUGAAGAAAUGCAAGCUUGUAUAUUGUGCAGAAAAUAAGCAGAAAAUGUCUGGCCGUGGGAAAGGUGGUAAAGGUCUUGGCAAAGGGGGUGCAAAAAGGCAUCGCAAAGUGUUAAGAGAUAACAUCCAAGGAAUCACCAAACCUGCAAUUAGGCGUUUGGCAAGACGUGGCGGUGUAAAGCGUAUCUCGGGCCUCAUCUAUGAGGAGACAAGAGGAGUACUUAAAGUUUUCUUGGAAAAUGUUAUUCGAGAUGCAGUUACCUAUACUGAGCAUGCAAAAAGGAAAACUGUCACUGCCAUGGAUGUCGUUUAUGCGUUAAAGAGACAGGGACGUACACUUUACGGAUUUUGGUGGCGGGCACAUUUUCUCGUUUUAACGAAAUCGCGGCCUCUCGAUAUGGCUCGUACAAAGCAGACUGCAAGGAAAAGUACCGGAGGUAAAGCUCCUAGGAAGCAGCUGGCCACCAAAGCUGCACGUAAAAGCGCACCAGCAACCGGAGGUGUUAAAAAACCUCAUCGUUACAGACCAGGUACUGUUGCUCUGAGAGAAAUUCGUCGUUAUCAGAAAUCAACGGAAUUGCUUAUCCGCAAAUUGCCUUUCCAGCGCUUAGUUAGAGAAAUUGCUCAAGAUUUUAAGACCGAUCUCCGAUUUCAGAGCUCGGCAGUUAUGGCUCUUCAGGAAGCCAGCGAAGCUUACCUCGUAGGAUUGUUCGAAGAUACCAACUUGUGCGCCAUUCACGCCAAGAGAGUCACCAUCAUGCCUAAAGACAUUCAGCUGGCCCGUCGUAUUCGAGGAGAGAGAGAGAGCUUA